AUGGGAGGCAAACGUGCACACGUCGAGAUAGCAGCCGUCAUUCCUGAUGGACAAGGAAAGAUCAUCAUCGGGAAAAGGAAGGGAAAAACUGGCACAGGGCUUUACGAGUUGCCAGGUGGCAACUUGGAAUUUGGAGAGGACAUCUUCGCCAGCAUCAAGAGAGAAGUGCUAGAAGAGACAGGCCUCAAGAUUGUUCCCAAGAAAAUCAUCGCCUACACCAACGAUAUCCAGAAAGAAGAGGACAAGCAUGAAGUGACGCUUUACAUCCUCUCAGAGCGGGAGGACUCCGCUCAGCAGCCUGAGACCAAGGAGCCCCAAAAGAUCGAAGGUUGGGAGUGGAAGGCCUGGAAGGACAUUACAGCCUUGGGUGAAGCUGAACUAUAUCUACCCACCUUGAACCUCGUUCGCAGCGAGCCAGACCUGGACUCAAAGUUUUGA